CAACUUUUCUCCAUCCACAGACAUUUUUCCUACAACAAUUCAUUUCAUACUUACUGUAUCCAAUGGCAGCGCAAAAAGUUGCAAUGGGCAUAAGCUUGAUUCUUGUAGCCGCCAAGUUUUUGGGUGGCAUCGAUGGCCAGUCAAGCGAUUGCACGAAUUCGAUUGUUAGUAUGUCGCCAUGCCUAAAUUACAUCACAGGGAACUCAUCGAGUCCGUCCCCAGGAUGCUGCACACAGCUCGGGACCAUAGUCCGAUCACAGCCCGAAUGUUUGUGUCAAGUACUUAAUGGUGGUGGCUCCUCACUUGGCCUUGACAUAAACCAGACACAGGCUAUAGCACUGCCUAAAGCCUGUAAUGUCCAAACUCCACCUGUCAGCAAAUGCAAUGGAUCUCCCAGUACACCAAAUUCUCCAAACGCUAAUCCUUCUGAUGGCGGAUCAGAAAAUGUGCCAUCAACCGGAAAUAAUUCUUCAGAUGCAACUUCCUCCAUAUUGGCUGCUCCACCGCUGUUUUUUCUUCUGUUUGUUGCAUCCUGUAUUUCAACCUUAUCCUUGCCCUAAUUUCCUCCAAAAGUCAGCCAGUUUUUCAGUAUUUCUUAAUACAUACAAAUAUUAUGUAGAAUUUUCCAUUCUUAUAUAUUGAGGGAAUAUUGGGCUGGUGGAUUUGUUGGAAUGCGGAACAAGAAUUACUCGGAAAAUUGAAAUUUUCUUUA